AGAGACGCAGAAAUUCAAAGUUGCGGUUGGAAGUUCGAACAGCCCAAAAUGUGGUCAUGCCAGAAACCAAUGACUCCAUGAGAGCUCUUUCCAUAUCUAUCGAUUCCUUGGGAACCGUCAAACUAAAACCCUACUGUAACCGAUCAUUAUGCGUUUCGUCCCAGUCUCCUCUGUCUCACUGUGCUGCUUCAUCUCACGCCAUUUCAGCUCUUCACUUGCGCUCUCCAAGUUUCCAAAGCUUCGGAAAGUCCCAUAUAGAUAUAGAGCUCGAGCAGUCGAACAAGCCCAGCAAGCACUAACUGAGUAUCUUCAUUCCACCAGAUCCUUUUCCUUUACCCUGGCUGAGCACAUUAGUAAGAAUUCCGUGGUUUCCCUCUCUGACCUCAUCUCAAAGGUUGAAUUCUCGACUUCCAAUUUUUUCAGGAAUUUCCAGAAGUUCCUUAGGUACCAUCCUAUCGACGAGAUUGAGUUUUUCUUCGAGAGUAUCGGCAUCCCUCCCACGGAAAUCAAUGGUUUCUUGUCGCGCAACGAGUUAUUCUUAUCCGAAGAUGGGAAUAUUUUGAAGGUCGCUCAUGUGCUUUCUGCUUUUGGGUUCCCCUGGAAUGUGCUUGGAAAGCUGUAUAAGGAGGAAAUUUUUUCAAAAUUCGGUGAGACCCCAGAUGCUCUGACUGCUAGACUUAAAGGUUUCAGAGAGUUUGGGUUUGAUAGUGUUGCAGUUGCUGGUAUAUGUUUGGCUUUCCCUUUCGUACUGGGUGGGGACGAUGAAUUGGUUGGUCGAAUUGAUGCGUUGUUUGAUGAUUUGAAUAUGGUUUUUCUGAAAUUUGGUUUGGCUAGCCAUGUUGAAUGGAAUGUAUAUUCAUGGUGCGAGAUUUGCAGUAAAAUUAGGGUUUUUUAUGUCCUGGGAUGUGAGAUGGGCAAGAUGGGGGUACUGUUUGGCAAGGGACAGAACGUUUUUCUUCAGUACUCGGAGGAGUUUUUGGUGCAGAAGGUGGAAUUUUUUUGUCGGUUUGGUGUGAACAAGGUUGAUGUGGCUUUGUUGCUUCUCAAGAACCCCAAUAUUCUAAAUUAUGACUUGGAAAGCCCUUUGAUAUCGGUGUUGGGUUUUCUGAAACAUAUUGGAUUGAGCAAAGAGCAAGUGAAUUCUGUUGUUCGGGAGUACCCUUAUGUUUUGGGCAGGAAUAAGUUGGGUAAUUUGCCACAUUUGAUGAGGGCAGUGGAUCUUCAUCACUGGUUCUUCAACAAGAUCAUGAAUGGGGAACACCAGCUCUUAACCGAUUCGGUCAUUAGUAAUCCUGGUGAAGAUUUGGAUAUUGAGUUUAAACAUCAGUUGGACAGAAUCCAAUCUGCUUGGAAUCACAAAUACAGGAUUGGGAAGUUGGACUUUUUACUUGAAAUUGGGUUUGGAGAGAAUGUCUCAACCAUGAAGGUCUUAUCUUUAUUGCAUGGCUCAAGGGUCGAAUUGCAGGAGAGGUUUGAUUGCCUUUUGCAACUAGGUAUUGAAUUCUGCAAGCUCUGUAAGAUGGUAAGGUUGAAGCCAGGUAUCCUCAACCAGAAUCCAGACAUGCUUGAACAGAAGGUGAACUUCCUCUGCAAGGACGCAGGGAGCUCUGUACAAUACCUUGACGUUUUCCCAGCUUACUUGUGUUUUCAUUUAGAGAACCGGAUCAAGCCCAGAGUUAGAUUCUAUAUGUGGCUUACAGAAAAGGGUGUGGCUGAAAGAGAUUAUUCCAUUGCAAGCAUCGUUGCUACUUCUGAAAAAAAUUUCCUUGCUCGUCUUCACAAAAUUCACCCAGCUGCUCCAAAAUACUUUUUGGAAUGUUUUUCAUCUAAAAGACCAUCUGACAGUGAUCAAGGAGACAUAGGUUAUGCCACCCCAGACUAGUUUGCAGCAACAUCAGUGAUUAACAGUAGCAAACAUGGUAUCUGCAGACUUGUAUGAGAACCAACACUUCGUUUAGGAAUCUCAGUUUGGGCCCAUUUAUAACCAUUACGGAGUGAAUGCUACCUGCUAUAUUCCACUUCUCUAUUUCCAAAAUAACUUCUUGAUCAAGACAAAUAGGCUUACUUGAAGUGAACACACUCCAAAAAGUUAGAAUUGUGUCUCAGGAUAUCAAUGCUACAUCGGUUCAUGAAGAACUAGGUCUCUCUGGUUCUUGCAGCACCUUCUACCCCAUCUGUAGCCACAUCUGUGUAUGAUCUGCUACAAUCAUGUUCAAAACAGGCAUUCUGUGUAUGUAAAUAAGUUUGAUAUACAUGUAUAUCCCUUCCCUUUGUACAUUAUCUUUGUCAAGUGUUAUUUUCCUUCAUUAUUAAAGUUCCUGAAAAUUU